AUGGAAGCCUUACGAUCAAUGGUCGCAAGACCCAGGCAAAGGACGAGAAGAAAUGUAUCUGCGAAGGAAACCAUUGCCAAUGCAAAUGCUAUGGAGGACCCUUUCGCAGAACUACACAUGACGAUGGAACUCCCAUAUUCUCGCCUCAGUGAAAUUCGCCUGCGAUGGAAAUCUGGACCAUCGCUGUCCAAUACAGAACGUGAGUGGAUGCUGAAAUCUGUCGCAGAAUUGAAAGGAUACUACGAAAAGUCAAUCAUGGAGUGGGACGAAGCUGAGAAACAAAGGGAUUUGCGGCAUCCACAGCAACGUUUUCUAAUCGCAUCGCAUGAAAUGUUUGGUGAACACAUGGCGUUUCUCAGUUUUAGGUGGGACCUGGAAGAGGGUGAGCCAAUCAUGUACGUUUAUGAACUUGGCGUGGCGGAGGAAGCCCGAGGGAACCGGCUUGGAUUUGCGCUGAUGAGGUAUGCUGAGGAUCUUAAUCGAAAGCUGUUCAUUGAGUCCAUUAUGUUGACCGUGUUCAACAAUAACAGCCCUGCAGUGAGAUUAUACCGUGACAAAUUGAAAUAUCAAAUUGAUGCUAGUUCCCCCAGUCAACACGAUUACGAUGGAGUGGGAUAUGAAAUAUUGUCGAAACGAAUACACAGUUAGUCCGCGAGUGCGCGGGUUGUAAUUAUUGCUUAUUGUACAAUGAAGGAAAAUAACUCUGGGUAUAGGCAACUAAAGCUUGUACUCUAUAACUA